CAUGGCUUCUUAGAUGCUCAGCAGGACCAGGAUGCCCUGCUGGAGGUCGAACAGCCAAGUGCGCCCUAGGUGGGACAAAGCUUUGUGACAGACACUUGUUUCUGGUGCUUUUCCGGGUUUAGGGAGGGCUCAACAGGUCGUGUCCGCGGUAUGCAGCGGGGUCUCUUAAUUGGAGGUGCCCUGUGUGACUUGGAGCUGCCGUCAAGGCCCGAGGCUACCAAGAGCGAGCUCCCAGCUUUUUUCUGUUCACUCGGCCUGGAAUGGGUUAAGUGCGGAGGCGCAGGAGCUGCUGCGGGCAGGCGCUGGGCACAGGCGCACGAGAUCCGCGGAGGACUGGCUCAGCUGCAGCCCUAACCGACGGACCUCCAAGCCCGAGGUGGCGGGCAGGGACCGCGAGGUGCACGCGCGCCCGGGCCGUGGGCCGCCUCCCAGCUCGCGCUUCCUCCAAGCGCAGGGCACACGCAGGAGUAAUCGGCUGCUGCCAACCCAGUGGUUGGCGCGCGUGCGGAGGAGCCCGGCGCGCUCCCGGCAUUGGGAAAGCGCGCAGCAUCUCAGCGCUCGCACAGGUGCGCGGAGGGUUCGCUCGCCCCGGGGGCGCUCCCACAGGUGCGCGCGAAUGGUCGCGUGCGCAUGCGUGUCAGACCCCCACGCCCCCCGGCCAGGCUGCGAGUCCUGGGCUCCGGUGGGUUGCAGGAGUGGAGGGAGAGCGUCAGGCUGCGAGCGGUGAGGAGCAAGGAGGUGGAGAGUGAUGUGGGGACCUGACGGGGAAGGAAGCAGCGGAGGCUCCCGAUGACAAAUGAGGAAAACCUGGGUACACACACAGACGCUUCCUUUCCAGCCAUUCACCCAUAGGUGGAGUGCUUCCCUAGGUGGACAGUGUGGGUGGGAAGCUGCCACCCAGACACACAUCUCAGCUGGAUUCUCGGCUGCACAGCGGGAGUCUGUAGAACAGAGCGGAAGCUAAGGAUUUAAGUGUGGCCACCGCCCCUGGAAGAUUUGCUGGUCCUGGGUCUACAGUACUGUGAUAGGAGGUGACUCAGUGGGUCCACCCAGAGUCCAAGGACGCCCAUGCUUGUGGCCCAGACACACUUAACCUCAGUUCUCCAAAGGAGCAAUACAAAGGAGCCUCAGCUCCGAGCAGUCGAUGUGUAAACUGCAAAAAAACAAAGCAAAAACCAAACCCCUCUUUGCCACCAGGCUAAUUGACCUCCGCCCCACGGACGUAGCCUGAGUUGAAGUUCCCCUUUCGAAAGUUCAGUGAGAGUUGGGGCGUUGAGAGGAGAGUGGGAAGGGCAAGGUGGGAGUGGCGUGAACAGGGGGUGGACACAUGUGAAAUCUGAUCCGGUGCCAAGGAAAGGGUUUGUGCUGCCAGAGACCCCAGGGCAAAGCUCUACCUCCACCGGGCAUGUGUGGCUCCUGAGCUGGCCGACUGCACACGACACAACCCACUCAUGGAGAACUCGGUGGCGCCUUUCGUCCUCUACCCGGGGACUGAGCCCAGGACUCCGGGAGAGGACAGCCUGCCUCUGCCAGCCGAGGAAGAGGGCGCUGCAUCCCCAGCGCAGACACCCUGCAGUCUAAGCGCCUCGCUGUGUUUCAGCUCCGGGGACGACUCCCCGCCGCAGUCUCGCGCCUCUGCCGCGGAGGGCUCCGAAGCUUCUCCGCCUUCUCUCCGCAGCGACCUGCGUGUGGUGGAGACGCAGUGGGAUGUCAGCAGCGCGGCGUCCCCAGAGUCCCCACAGGAGUGCGCGCGCCCGGAAGAGCCCGCGUCGCCGGAGGAGCCCCCUUCCCGCCGCGAGCACGCGCGUCCCGUGGAGCUCGAGUCUUUAGACGAGCUUGGGGAGCCCGUGCCUGUGCCGCCCGGGGUCGGGUCAGAGCACGGAGAGCCCGACUUGGUCAUCGAGGUGGCAGGUCGCCGGUUGCGGGCUCAUAAGGCGGUGUUGGCGGCGCGCAGCGACUACUUCCGCGCGCGUGCGUCGCGGGACGUGCUGCGGGUGCAAGGCGUGAGCUUCACUGCCCUGCGGCUGCUGCUGGCCGACGCGUACAGCGGGUGCAUGGCCGGCGUGCGACCGGACAACGUGGCCGAGGUGGUGGCCGGCGCGCGCCGCCUCCAGCUGCCCGGCGCUGCGCAGCGCGCCACCGAGGCCAUGGCGCCGCAGCUGAGCCUGGACAACUGCUACGAGGUGCUGAGCGCAGGCAAGCGGCAGCGGCUGAGCGAGCUGCGCGACGCCGCCUACCGCUUCAUGUGCGACCACUAUCUGGAGGUGCUGCGCGAGCCGGCCGUCUUCGGCCGCCUGUCCGGUGCAGAGCGUGAUCUGCUGCUGCGGCGCCGCCUGGGUACGGGCCGCGCCUGUCUGCUGGCCGCUGCCCUGGGGACAACCGGGGAGCGCUCGGGCAGUCGACCGCAGAGUCCGUCCGGGGACGCAGAGUCGCGCGGGGACGCAGCGGUUUAUUGCUACCAGGCGGAGGCCGGGGAGUGGCGAGAGCUGACUCGGCUGCCCGAGGGCGCGCCCGCGCGCGGCUGCGGACUCUGCGUGCUCUUCAACUACCUCUUCGUGGCGGGCGGUGUGGCUCCUGCGGGUCCGGAUGGCCGCGCGCGCCCGUCGGACCAGGUGUUUUGUUACAACCCGGUCACCGACUGCUGGAGUACUGUGCGACCCCUGCGCCAGGCGCGCUCGCAAGUGCAGCUGCUGGCUCUGGACGGCCACCUAUAUGCCUUGGGCGGCGAGUGCCUGCUCAGCGUGGAGCGCUAUGACCCUCGAGCUGACCGCUGGACCGCGGUGGCCCCGCUUCCCCGGGGCGCCUUCGCAGUGGCCCACGAGGCUGCCACCUGUAACGGCGAGAUCUAUGUGUCCGGGGGCUCACUCUUCUACCGCCUGCUCAAGUACGAUCCCCGGCGCGAUGAGUGGCAGGAGUGCCCAUGCAGCAGCAGCCGAGAGCGCUCUGCCGACAUGGUGGCCCUCGACGGUUUCCUCUAUCGCUUUGACCUGUGUGGGAGCCGCGGUGACGCUCAGGCUGCAACUGGUUCAGGUGGUGGGGUCAGCGUGUUCCGCUACCAUUGCCUGGCCAAGCAGUGGAGCCAGUGUGCUGCACACCUGCGGCCCCCCGGCGCACCCGCAGGCCUGCAGCCCUUUCGUUGUGUUGCCCUGGAUGGUACCAUCUACUGUGUGAGCCGCGCUGGGACCUGGCGUUUCGUGCCUUCUCAGGACACUGAGGCUGGCAGCGAUAUGGGACCCGGUGGCAGUUUUGAACCUGAGCCCCUGGGAUCCCCGCUGGAUGUCCGGGGCGUACUCUUUCCAUUUGUGCUCAACCUGCCUGAGAAGCCGGACCGUGGGGAACAGGGUGCGGCCUAGGACAGGAUCAGCUGGGCAGCUCCACUGUCCAGCACUUGUGGUGGUGGGGGGCUCCAAAGAAUGGGCUGGGCCCCACCCCCAGUAGGGGAGGGAGGGCAAAGAGGUCUCAGGAAUGGAGGACGCGCACAGGCCAGGCUGCUGGCCACACUGCAUCGUGCAAACGCUUUGAGAGUAGAAGCUUCAACUGGCGCUGAAGACAUUUUUGCAAUGCUGUUUUAAGCCCCGCUUUGCAGUGCUGGAUUCUGCUUUUGCUUCGCUUGUUCGGGGGGGGGGGGUGUCAUAGCUUAAAGUGUGGGAAGAUAGAUACAGAGAAGCCCAUACCUAAGGGAAGAAGUAGAGGAGGCCAGGAUAAAGUGGGACGCAGGUGCAGACUCGGGUAUAAUGAGGAACCUGCCCAGUCCCCUCCUUACCAGCGAGUGCAAGGUUCUCAAACCUGAAUGGGGUCCUAAAGUAGGCCAGGUAUCCUUGCAAACCACAGAGAGACGGUCAAACCCCGCUCUGAGGUUUAAGUCGAUAACUUAGAAGAUCUGCACGACCUAACCAGGACCUAAAAAGUUCACCGUGUGUUCGCAAGUAGGUUCAACUUCAAACAGUAACUUCUCAAAUACUGAAGGCAAAGGGUAGUUGACCAGUAGAGUUGCCGUUGUUGCUGACUGAACGGAAAAGAACCUCAGGUCAGGAGACCCUGGUAGUUCUGCAUGUUCACCCCCUUUCCCGUCUUAGAAUGAACCAGGGAGAUUUUUUUUUCCUUCCUAGAACAGGAGGUUAAAAUCAUGUUUUGACAGUUGCAUGCUUUGAACCCUCUGCUCGGUUGUUUUGAACGUAUCUUCUGUGAUUCUGAAGAGGGAGAUUAAUUUACAACCACCUCAAAGAAAGUGUAUGUGUGUAUGGGGUGGGGGGUGAUAUGCUAUGGAGGAGGAAAAGGAGAAACGCACCGUUUUGAGUGUAGUUUAGCAAGCAAGUGGCAUUCAUUUAACUUCCUAAACACCCUACUCGAGUCCAAAGGAGACUCAGACUUAGGUUGCAGGACCAAAACCAAGUCCGUUCAUUUUCUCUCAUGUGUUGGGCUGUUGUGCUUUUGAGAAUAUACAGGCAAGGAUCCCUGUUUAAAGAACAGAAUGUGUGCUCCCAGGUAACUGGUUUAGAUUCCAUACCUAACCCUGCUGUUUUAUAACAGUGGGGGUCCUAAGUAUUCAUCGUUUCUGGAACAUAAGAGGUAGCCCCGUGUUCACCGUGCCAUCUCUGUAGAAAUCACUGGUUAGCUGAGAACCAGGCUACACUUUAUAGUCUGUUCUGAAAGGUCACGGUGAAGUGUGUUUAGAAACAGCCAGCUUGAAUCUUCUGCAUGACCCAGGGGAAUGGAGUUUAUAGUUCCUGUUUGUAUGUUCUGGUCUCUUUGUGCUUGUUCGUGGUUACUCAUAAACCAAGAGAAUGUCUUGGCCACUUGGUUAAUCAUCUUAAGAAAAACAGACUUCCUAUUGCCUGGUUUUAUUGGUCCUUUUUGAGGGGCGUCCUGGGGAAAGGCUUGCAGAUGAGCCAAGGGAGCCGGUGCCUAGAGACACACCUUCAUCGCUGAAGUACCAGACUUACAGAAUACUGCCACGUGACGUUUGCCUAAGAAGCCGUUCCUCUGACAUUCACUUUUGAAAUUGGUCCUCUAGGGUGACAUGUCCCCAGAGAGGGCAGAUGUACACCAGACAGGAGAGUCUUCCUGUGGGCAUAGUGCCCCACAGAGCACAAACAAACCCCAAGGAAGUCAAAAGGAUUAAUGUACUUACUUGCAGAUCGUGAAAGGACAUUAGUUCGUCGAUCACGAAUAGAGGCCCUGCUUUUUGAGAACUUAUAAAGUAUCUUGUGUCCUGUUUAUAAACAGUGACCCCCACUGAAAACAAAUGCUACAGGCCUUGGCACAUCUCAGCAACCAUGCAUUUUGUUCCUGGGAUCUGGAAGACUUACUACCCAUCUGUCUUAGAUUCACUUUCCGUGAUAAAAAGCAACUUAAGGGAGAGAGGUUUCAUUCUGGCUCAGAGUUUGGGUUACAGCCCUUCAUACUGUGGAAGUCCCAGGGCAGGGCUGUGAGGGGGCGGGUGCUUCUGUACCUGCAGUCAAGACACAGUUAAUGCAUACUGUCUAUGGUGGUUUGCAUAUGCCCUGCCCCAGGGAAUGGCACUGUUAGGAGGUGUGGCCUUGUUGCAGUGGGUGUGUCACUGUGGUCGUGGGCUUAAGACCCUCAUCCUAACUGCCUGGGAGCCAGCCUUCUUCUAGCAGCCUUCAGAUGAAGAUGUAGAACUCUCAGCUCCUCCUGCACCAUGCCUGCCUGGAUGCUGCUGUGUUCCCACCUUGAUGAUAAUGGACUGACUUUCUGAACCUGAAAGCCAGCCCCAAUUCAAUGCUGUCCUAAUAAGAGUUGCCUUGGUCGUGGCGUCUGUUCACAGCAGUAAAACCCUAACUGAGACACCGACUCCACUCAGCUGUCUCCACGCAUACAUUCCCAGGACCCGGUUAGAAAAUGCUGCCACCCAUAGGAAGAAGCUCUUUUCAUUCCAAUUAAUGUAAUCAAGUUAACUCCCCACAGACGUGCUUAGCAGCCCAACUCCCAGGUGACUCUAGAUUCUGUUCACAGCAACCUGCACGCCCACAGCAAGUGUUGGUAUUGGUUUGGUAGUGAGGGUAGCGGGGUUUGAGAAGGAUGUGUCUCCAGUGUGUGAACCAGGUAGGUGCUUUCUCCAUGCUGGUCUCAUUCCGCCUCCAACUCCACCUGGGAGUUUGGUCGGUGUCAGCACAGAUCUGACUAUCAGCUAAGAGUCAAAUAAGGCUACGAUGCCUGGAACACCCAGCCUCAGCUCUUAGGACAUUAACCCUUGUACACAGACACCCUGAGUGUUUGAAGGGACAGCACUCUUAAGGAGUAAAUGAUUGAUACACUAAGAUUGACCUUCUGUUUGGUUGAUGGGUAACUGCAUUUAUAUCUCCAAGGUUUGUUUGGAAUCUUAGCAACGAGCUGAUGUUUCUGGAUUUUUCUUUUCUUUCUGUUUUGUACUUUGGCAUGGGGCGAGCCCCACCUCUAGGGCAGACACUUGGCAUCUCGGCAGACUUGGAAUGUGGUGAUUCUGCUUCUGAGGAAAUGACGGCAGGAGUUUCUUUUACUCUAAGGAAAAUGAACGUUGUGGAAAUCUUGUUGGCUGCUUAGUGUCUUACGUGUUUUCUGUUUUUGCUGCACAAGCAAAGAAAGGAAAAAGAACAGGGUCCCUCUAGCCCUGGUGGGUGACCGUGUGACUGCACUUUGUCCAGUGUUGGAACUGAGGGCCUCUGAGGGUGUGCUGCUCUCUGCUGAAGUCAAGAUAGAGUCAGGACAUGAUGGUUUGGAACGUUUCAGUGGCAGAUGUGAGCCCAAUAGCUCUUUGGUGUAGUGUUUCACUUUAGGGGCCCUCCCUAGCUUGCAGAAAGUCUUCAUUUUGAUACUUGGUUUUGUUUUGUUUUAUGUCCCCAUUUUUUCUGUAAUAUUAUUCACAAGAAGGUAAUGACUCCAGCUGAAAGUGGAACUCUGCCAGCACUCUCUGCCUCUGUGUUUAUCCAAGCAGACAUGUCAGGGAUGCUCUGCCCACAUCCAUGAAGAGGGCAGCACCGUGAGAUGCUGAGGGAUCUGGCAGGAAGUGGGUCCUGGCAGCAGCUUCACCUGGCUUUGUGGCCAGGUUUGGGUGUCUGCGUAUUCCAAUGUGAGGUUGCUCUCCCCCGCCCCGUCAUGCUUCGUAGAGCUUUGACUAGUACCUACUACUAACUAGUAUGUACCCGUGGCCAUUUACUAAAGAUCCCUACCUGUCUGAGGCAAAGUCGGGCCAGCUGUCUGUCACUGUGCUCCACACUUGAGUUUUUACCCUAGGCAUAAAUGCUCUAAAACCUUGUAUGUUUGUCACCUGUGCCAAGACGAAAUAAACUAUGUGGAAACUCCCA